CUCUCCUCCUCACCAUUGGCCGCUGUUAAAUUACACAUGAAAUAAACAAAGAUACGCUUAAAAUGAGCAACCUUGAAUCCUACCCUCCAGACUUUCACCAUCUCAACGGUUCUCCUGCUCCCCUGCUACCUCAACUCAACAACCACUCCAUGGAAGAUUCAUCUUCAUUAUCAGUUUCUAUUCCCGUGGUGGAUCUCCAGUGCCUUAGCCUAGAAAAGCUAGGCCAAGCUUGUAAAGAAUGGGGUCUUUUUCGUUUGGUUAACCAUGGGAUUCCUCCCAGCCUUUUGAGCAAACUGGAGGAGUACGUGAAGAUGUUGUUUGCUCUACCCUUCGAGUCCAAGCAAGCCCUACUGACUAACCCUUUCUUCUACUUUUGGGGCACUCCUGUCUUAACCCCAUCCGGAGCUGCCCUGAGGGGUGCCUUGAAUAUCAAUUGGCUGGAAGGCAUAAAUGUUCCGCUCAGUCAACUCCCGCAGUUUCAGUCUGAGGAUCCUAGGCUUGAAGAUUUCAGGCAUUCUCUAGAAGAAUAUGGAAGACACCUUUCGAGAAUUGCAACAGCCUUGUUUGAAGCAAUGGUGAAGAGUCUGAAUCUGUGUCCUAAACAAUCCGAGUCUAGCUUAGAUGAAUCCACUGGAUUCGUACGUCUUUACCGAUACCCACCAAGGUCCGUGACUGAUGAGGCUUGCGGCAUGAUGGAACACACCGAUAGCUCAGUGCUUUCCAUUGUGAACCAAGACCAAGUUGGGGGACUCGAAAUUCUCAAGGACAAUAAAUGGCUCCUGGUUAGCCCAAUUUCAGGCACCCUUCUAGUCCAUAUUGGCGACAUGAUGCAGGCUAUAAGCGAUGACCAAUACAUGAGUGUGAAGCACAGAGUGAGGGUGAACAAGCAAGAGGAACGGGUCUCAAUAUGCUACUUUGUGUUCCCAGCAAAAUGCAGCGUCAUCCGCAGCUCCAAAUACAAACCUUUUACUUACACCGAUUUCCAGGAACAAGUGCAAAACGACACCAAGACUCUAGGUUAUAAAGUUGGUCUCGACAGAUUCAAGCUUAAUGCACCGCUUUAAUAUAAUAAGAACCUGUUAUCAAUUAUGUACGCUAGCUCUUAUUUUGUUGUACUUGAUUUCUUCUAGUAAU